AUGCCAUCGACGUACGUAAGUAUUCAGAACGCAAAGCUAGACCACCCAGUUUUACAUGUAUCAUGGAAAGAUGCAUUGACAUACUGCAAAUGGCUUGGUAAAUGGCUUCCUACCGAAGCUGAAUGGGAGUAUGCCUGUCGUGGUGGAUUGCAUAAAAAGGUGUUUCCUUGGGGAAAUAUUUUUAAAGUUGAAGAACAUCGUUGUAAUACGUGGCAAGGAGAGUUCCCCGUUCAGGACACGGCGGAAGACGGAUACGCGGGAACAGCACCUGUGUGGAAAUUCAAACAAAAUGACUAUAAUCUUCAUAACAUGGUGGGCAACGUUUGGGAAUGGACUGCUGACUGGUGGGACAUUCGUCAUUCAUCAGAAACUAAGGAAAAUCCCUCGUUUUGCUAUCGAUACAGAUGUGCUGCUCGGAGUAAGAAUACGCCAGAUAGCUCAGCGUCGAAUUUGGGAUUUCGCUGUGCUAAGGAUGUAGCGUGAGAUGCAUAUUUCAUGAACCAUCCUCUUCUAACUUAUGUCAUUGUAAAUUGACUCAUUAUUGAAAUGAAUGGUGAUUACGCUUUUGUUUGAGUUGUUUUCUCUAAAUAUUCUCAUUUUAACUACAUCUGGUCCAUGGUCAUGGCAUGGUUACAUGUUUACACCUUAAGCGUUAAAACAAUUAAAGCUUAAGCCUACAUUUAAGUGAAA